AUGUUCAGGCGUCUUAUUGGACUCAGCAGUGCAGGUAGCAGAACUGGCCAUAGAGCACUCUAUGCUGGCGCAAUAACUAGCGCGGCCAGCUAUCUGUAUUUCAGCCAUCUCAGCAGCAACAGCAGCAAUAUCCGCAACAAUCUAAGCAGCGAUUUCAACAAGAAAUACAUACACAAUGACGCAUUGUCGUCUCCCGCACAACAACCGUAUAACACACCAACUCCAGCCAUAGUCGACGAGCUCAAGUUAAAGAUCGGAGAUGAGCACGUUAUUACAAGACAGGAUGUUAUCCAGAGCAGCGUAAACUCACAGUGGUCAUAUCUCGUCGAUGCCCCGCCCUCCAUUAUCGUAAACCCUGCAACAACACAGGACGUCGUAGAGAUUGUUAAUAUUGCGCGCAAACAUCACAUUCCACUUAUUAGCAGAACCGCUGGUACCUCCUUAGAAGGCCAUUGCAGUGCCGAGCAUGGUGGAAUUAUGAUCGAUUGCGAGCAGCGUAUGGCAGAAAUACUUGAAAUAUACCCUGACGAUAUGCAAGUACGCGUACAGCCAGGUUUGAAGUGGGUAGACCUCAACGAGCAUCUCGAAGAAGCCGGCCUAAGCUUGUUCUUCCCUCUCGAUCCCUCCCCAGGCGCAGCUAUCGGUGGCAUGUUGUCAACAAAUUGUUCGGGAACUAAUGCAUGCAAAUACGGUUCAGCAUCUUCCGGAAAUUGGUUUUUGAACAUCACAGUUGUGCUAGCCAACGGUAAGGUAAUGAAGACGCGCCAGCGCGCUAAGAAGAGCUCAGCUGGUAUUGAUUUGACAAAAUUAUUCACCGGCGCUGAGGGCACUCUCGGUGUGAUAACGGAGCUAACUCUGAAGCUGGCUCCGAAGGAGCCCACCUCCGUCGCUAUUGCACCCUUUGAUACCAUAGAGGAUGCAGCCAAGGGCGUCUCCAAGGUCAUCCAAAGUGGUAUCAGUGUGAAUUGUGCAGAGCUUCUGGACGAUCUAUCAAUUAUCGCUAACAAUAGUAGUCGCACAACCAAACAGUAUGCAGAGAAGCCCCACAUCUUCUUCAAGUUCGUCGGCACACCAGCGCAUAUGGCUGAGGAUGCAGAUCGCACAGCGAGCAUUGUGAGGGAGUUCGGCAGCCACCUCGAAUAUGCAGAGACAGACGAGGAAGCGAAGAAUCUGUGGGAGGCGCGCAAGUGGGGUCUGGCCAACAUCAACGCGAUGGUUCCUGAAUCUCGAAUCUGGACGACGGAUGUUUGUGUCCCUCAGUCCAAAUUGCCAGCCCUCGUCAGACAGAUUAAGGCGGACGCAACACAAGCUGGUAUCUACGCCCCCCUUCUUUCCCACGCUGCAGACGGUAAUUGUCACUUUCUCCUUGCUUUCAAAGAUGAUAAGGAGAGGGUUAUAGUGGAGCAAUUGGUAGAAAAGAUGGUAGAGCGUGCACAGGCUUUAGAUGGUACUUGCACGGGUGAACACGGCGUAGGCGUCGGCAAGAAACACCAUCUGGUGCAUGAGCUUGGCGAUACCACUGUCGAGGCGCUCUGGUCACUCAAGAGAGCAUUCGAUCCCGAUAACAUCAUGAACCCAGGAAAACUAUACCCAGAUAUCGAUUUUCACAAAUAG